AUUCAGUUGGGUAGGUUCGCGAGUCGUUAGUCAUGUAUAAACUCAUUUAUAUAUUCCUCACUUUAGUUACGCUGGUGUUUUGUGAACAAAAUGUAACAGAAUAUAAAGGUCUGCUAACAUCAGACUGCACCAAAGCUUAUUUCCGCAUGUACGUGACGCGCCGCGUGCCGCCCAGGAACUAUUUCUACGUCCACGAAACACUCGAUCCUGAACAAUUGCUCGUCAGUGGCAACACAGCUCAUACAAAUAAUACAGAUGUCGAUGUGAAGUUCCGCAUAGUGGGGGGUAAGAUAGUGUCAAUAACGGAGGUGCCGUACCAAGUGCUAUACGGGCGCUAUUGCGGGGGCAGCCUGAUCGCUCCGCAGUGGGUCAUCACCGCAGCUCAUUGUAAAGACAGAGAGACGUUCAUUUUGGCGGGAUCAACUCAACGCAGCCGGGCGCAGAAGUACCGCAUCUGCGCACACUUCAUCCACCCACUGUGGAAUGCGACAGCCGGUGUCAGUCACGACUACGACUACCAGCUGGUGCUGUUGGAGACGCCGGUGCCCGUCACGCCCAGCUCGCGGCCCAUCGCCAUCGGCAGCCUCGAGGACAUCCGGCCGGGGAACAUGGUCGCCAUCAGCGGCUGGGGACAUCUUCAGUUCAAGAAAAGCCGAAUGCAAGACCUAGUCCGGCGGGUGUACGUCCCUGUGAUGGCGGACGAUGAGUGUCGCGCGUUGCCCCACGGCUACUUCCGCAACAUAACGCCGCGUAUGUUCUGCGCCGGAUACCUCGACGGGGCCAAGGACUCUUGUCAGGGUGAUUCUGGCGGGCCCGCAGUGAUCAACGGCAAGCUGAUUGGCAUCGUAUCGUUCGGCGUGAGCUGCGCCGCGCCGCGCCAGCCCGGUGUAUACAGCAAAGUUCCCGCCGUGCGGGACUGGAUUCGCGCAGUCACCGCAUUGCCACUAUAACUUGCCUCACUACGCUCGAAAUCAAUAUUCGAUCCUUGAGAUCGAUCAGAA